AUGGCUCACAGUGCAAGCUCUUCAAACAUGGGAUACAAAAAUGAGAAAGGGGUUUUGUGUAACUGCAAGACGCUAGCACAGGUUGUACAAGCUUGGACAGAUGACAACCUAGGACGAAGAUUCUACUCUUGCAAAGGACGAAUGGUUAAUCAUGGGUAUGAAUCUUGUAAUUUUUUUCGUUGGUAUGAUGAUGUUGAGAGCCCACAUGGAUGGCAACAUCUAGCAUUGUUGGAGGCGAGAGAAAAAAUGUGUGCCUAG